CCGCCGGGUCCCAGUCCUCAGGCACGAGUCUCGCGGCCACAGCAAAGGCCCCUCGGAGGCGGCCGGACAGAGCCCUGACCGUCGGACCGACGACGGAGUCCCAGAGAGCAGGGCGGAUGGACACCUUCAGCACCAAGAGCCUGGUCCUACAGGCCCAGAAGAAGCUCCUGAGCAAGAUCGCAUCCAGGGCGGUGGCGGCCGCGUUCAUCGACGACACCAGCAGUGAGGUGCUGGACGAGCUGUACCGCGCCACCAAGGAGUUCACACGCAGCCGCAAGGAGGCCCAGAAGGUGGUCAAGAACCUGGUCAAGGUGGCUGUGAAGCUGGGCGUCCUGCUGCGCAGCGGGCAGCUGGGCGGCGAGGAGCUGGCGCGGCUGCAGCGCUUCCGGCAGCAGGCGCGCCGCCUGGCCAUGACCGCCGUCAGCUUCCACCAGGUGGACUUCACCUUCGACCGGCGCGUCCUGGCCGCCGCCCUGCUCGAGUGCCGGGACCUGCUGCACCAGGCGGCGGGCGCGCACCUGACCGCCAAGUCCCACGGCCGCAUCAACCACGUGUUCGGCCACUUGGCUGACUGCGACUUCCUCGCCGCGCUCUACGGCCCGGCUGAGCCCUACCGCUCCCACCUGCGCAGGAUCUGCGAGGGUCUCAACCGGCUGCUGGACGAGGAGAGCAUAUGACCUCCGACCUGACCUCCGACCUCCUCGCUCCAGCUUCCCGCUGGGGGCGGGGCUUGCGGGGGUGUUUUUAACCUCUUCCAGUCUGACUCUGGCCAAACCCCCCACCCAACCUACACACGCACGCACGCACGCACGCACGCGCGCACGCGCGCCUCUGCAGCUCUAAGGACCCAGGUCACUUCUCCUCCUCCGGCCCAGUCUCCGUGGGGAGAGGAACUCAGCGCGGAGCCCGGCACGGCCUGCCUGCGCCAGCGGCCUCCCGGGACACCUGGAGACCACUGCCUGCUCCGGCGCACCGUCUGCACAAUGACCCUUGAGCCACCGGUCUGAACCCCUCAAAUCACUUGGUGUCUCUGACAGCUGGCGGCUUCCCACUUCAUAAUGUUGCCUGGGCUUUUGCAUUCCCGCAGAGAGGGUCAUGGGAAACCAGGAGAAAGGGAGUGUUACACAGUGAGCUGUUCCCCCGCCCCAAGUUCCUCGAAGUCCUAAGCCCCAGGGCCUCUGAAUAUGACCUUAUUUAGAAAUAGGGUGAUUGCAGAUGUAAUUAGUUGAGUUCAUACUGGAGCGGGGGUGGCUAAUCCACUCUGAGUGGCGUGCUUAUGAGAAGGGGAUAUUUGGACACAGACUCAGAGGACAAUGCUAUAUGAAGGUGGCGGUAGAGACUGGGGGGAGGUGUCUGCACGACGAGGAACACCAAGGACUGCCAGCCACCACCAGAAGCUGGGAGAGAGCCUGGAACAGCCCUCAGAGGGAACCAGCCCCGCCGACCCCUUGAUCUCAGGCCUCCAGAGGUGAGAGCGAACAAGCUUCUGUUGUUUCAGCCUCCCAGGCUGGGGUACUUCGUUCCGCAGACCAGGAAAUGGGCCCUGGGAGCCACGCGAGGGCCGCGGUGGGUGCAGGUGUGUCAGUGAGGACGCCUCCUCCCUCUGGUUGGCAUCGUGGCCCAGACUCCCACGUGGGAGAGGAACGGAGUGCGCCCCCGAUGCAGGGCGUCAGGGGAAGCUGUCUGAGAUGCGUGCAUGUUUUUAAAUGAUGAUUUCAUAUUUGGAAAACAAACACACAAUUGUUUUUAUAAGACAGGCCUCAGAAACAAAGCUCAACAACUCUUGGCUUUGGCGACGCUGGUGCGGCGAUUCUUAACUUGGGGCGUGGAUGGACACGUUGGGGUGUGGGAGCGUAUUUGUGAUCUGUCAGAAGUGGGCAUGGGUUUUAAAAGACUGCGAAACCCGGCUGCAGGUCUGGCCAUGUCAGGGCCGGGAAGGUUAUUUUGGGCACUCAGGGGGGAGGGGGGGAACGAUGUCUAUUUUUGCAGAACCUGGUCUGUUUAGGGCAAGGACUGCAAACAGAGGAGGCCUGCAGGCCUUAUUAGGCAAGAAGAUGGGUUUGCUUAGCCCCAUCCGGUGUUUUGAGACAUUUGGAAUUAGUUGCCAACACUUAAAACCAAGGAAAUUGCACAUGCCGAUCUUGAUCUUGGCGUUUCUCUAGAAAAUACGCCUGCACUGCCCAGUGGUGAAGCUGCAUAGAGGUUGCCCGUCUUUGCUUUGCCACAGUCCCCACCACUCCCUUUUGCCUCUCCACGGCAUGCGGGGCUGACUGAUAGAUUAGGACCCCAGAUUCAGGGCAGCGUUUCUCUGUUUGGUUUCUGCUGCUCUGAAAAAGUCAAAGGCUUUCACUCAGGAUCCAGCUGUUCCUACCUCUGCCCUCCACUUCCAAGGCAAACUUUCCCUUUUAUCUUGGGUCAAAAGACAUCUUCAAACGAACAAUCGUGCAUUUUGAUUACGCCGAGAAGCCCCACAUGAAAUCCUUUGCCCUCUGCUCUGCUGGCAUAUAUCCAUGUGAUAAGGCUUUGUACCUGUCUUGACUCUUUUCAUACACUUGAGAUUUAAUUUAAAAAAACCAAAGAGCACUACAAAACUAUGUAAAUAAAAGCAUCUGACAGUUUGCUCUCA